AUGACAUCCGCUUCGUUGUCGCAAGGACCGGCCUGGGGGCAGCGAUGGCGCUCCUCCACGGCCUUUAUCGUCGCUACUAUGGCCAUGGCUCUUUUUACCGAUUCCUUCCUUUAUACCUUCGUCGUCCCGAUCCUGCCUUAUAUGAUCGAAACCCGCAUCGGCUUGGACCCUGAAUACACUCAGCGCGUGAGUUUUGCGCUGCUGUCCCAGAGCGCUUUUGUUUCCGUCAUCGCCAGCCCCAUUAUCGGCCAUUACGCGGAUAAAUCAAGCACCAAGCGAGUAUGGCUGUUGUCCUCGUUGGUCGUCUGCUUGGUUGGGACUUUCGCUUUGGCCGUUGCAACGUCUGCGGUGGUCGUCUUCAUCGGUCGGUUGGUUCAGGCGCUGGCUAGCUCCGUUAUGUGGGUGAUAGGAUUCUCGACGAUCGCGGAUUUUGUCAAGCAGGAGCAUCUGGGCAAAGUUUACGGUAUUAUUUCUGUCGCGGUAGCGGUGGGCACAUCGGUCGGUCCAAUGCUGUCUGGUAUCCUUUUUGACUUUGGAGGAUACUGGGUUGCUUGGUCGAGCGCGUUUAUCGUUAUCGUGCUGGACAUCCUCCUCCGAUUGUUGAUGCUGGAGCGACCUAAAGACAAGGGCAAGAAACCUGCAACCACAGAUGUGGAUCACCUUCCGGACCCCGAAAAUGCGCCUCUUCUCCAACCGCAACCGCCUGAGGUGAUACCCAUUCAGCUCAGGAUGCGCGAAAGAACUGGCCUGCGGUUUUAUAUUACCCUUUUCCAGCAUCGCAAAUUCGUUGCCGGGGCAGUCAGCUACCUCGUUUUCGCGAUUCUGACCGCCAGCUUCGACACUACACUCCCUCUCCACGUUCGUGAUGUAUUUGGCUGGGGCAGUACGCAAACCGGGUUGCUUUUCGUGGCCCUCCAGAGUCCGGGUAUUCCCCUGAGUCCGAUAGUGGGCUGGAUCAAAGACCGUCUGGGAACGCGUCACCCAAUCACGGUUGGCUUUUUGGUGCUAGCACCUUUGACUUGGCUGCUUGGUGUUCCGGGUGAUGAGCGAUUUCCCUGGGCUAACGAAGGUGACCGAGGACAUAUUAUUUAUUCAGUCACCGUGGCUUUGAUUGGUGUAACGAUCUGUGCUCUGAAUGGAGCGGGGACCAUGGAAGCUACCAUGGCCGUCGACGAAAUCGAAUCGAAACAACCCGGUAUAUUCGGUCCCAAUGGCGGAUACUCGCGUGCCUUGUCGAUUUCUAGUAUGGGCUGGACGCUCGGAUCGUUCAUUGGGCCUCUACUAUCUGGAGUUUUGGUGGAAGAGGGUGGCUAUUACGCGAUGUGCUGCGUUCUCGCGCUUAUCUGCUUGGCAUCAUCGAUCAACGCCUAUGUGAAUCUGAGUGCUACCUGGGAUCCUGGUGAUGAAGUGCAAGAACAGUCCUAA